AUGACAACGUCAACAAGUGAACUACAGCUACUUGAGAAUGUCGAGUUAAAGCUCGCAUUAUGCAAUACGGAUGCAAAAUUGGAAACCACAAUUCGCAUCUUUCUUCCACCUCUUCUCCUUAAGCUCAUGAGCACUGACGAUCGAGCACGUAGAAAGGUUAUGGAAAUCCUGUCGCAUAUUAAUAAGCGAGUCAAAUCCAACCAAAGCAUUCCACUUCCAUUUGAUGCCUUGCUAGCCCAAUUUGUGGAUAAAUCUGUCUCGACAUUUGUCAAGAAUUUUACCGUCAUCUAUCUCGAAAUGGCCGUCCAGAGAAUGAGUCCCGAGGACACAGCCAAGCAUCUUCCUAAUCUUUUAAUGGGAAUUUCCCGACGGCCUGUAACCCAACAACUCACCUUAUUACACAUGGUGUUACCUAUAUUGCGCCAUUGGAAAUUAGGAGACGGAAAUCAAGUAACAGCACGCAACGAUAUAUUCAAAUUCGAUGAGAACCCAAAGGAUGUAUCAGUUAUCCUGGAGUUCUUUUUGGACAUCUUACUUUAUCAGCCCUCAUCAGCCAGAGGUCAAACCUCGGCCGACGGAGAUAGCUCAGAAAUUUCUGCCGAGCCAACAUAUCCAGGUCUCAGUCCUCUGGCCUUAGAAGCCAUCACUAACAAAGGCAAAGCCGAAUGGACUUCUUCGAAACUCAUUGAAGCACGACUCGGGAUAUUCCAUUUCUUAUUAACGCCGAUCUUCACGGAUAGCGAGCGAUUGCGACUGUUGCUAGCUGGUGUAUGUGAUUCGAACCAUCAGGUUGUAUCUGCUUGUGAGGACGGAUUGAGAAGAUGGGCAAGUAAUGUGAACCUUGAGGACCCUGUCUUUGUUCAGAGUCUGUACACUCUUUAUUUGGGAACGAAGCCUUCAGCACCCGGGGCCAAGGAUGCGAGAGCACCAGUAUCAACGUCAAUUAAAAUCAGAAUCAUUCACUAUUUGAGCAAAUCAAUUGUGGCUACUAAUUUAGUUCCAUCAAUGAUACAAGUAGUUUUUGAUGGUAUCUAUGGUGAGAAAUCGAGUCUUAAGCUGCGCCGUGCUGCAAUGUCUUUUCUCCAAUGGACAGCACGAAUGGCUGAUUCUGCAAAACUCGGUCCCAUUGCACCUAUUCUGAUAUCAGGUCUUUUAAAGUAUAUUGAUCAAGAUGAACCACUUUCAGGUCACGACGCCGAAGGAAUCAAGGGAUAUGCUUAUGUUGCCUGUGGGUUGAUUGCAAAGAAAGUUCCAAAAGUGGGAUUGAGCGACACGCACAUGUUAUCAAAAUUCUUUGACAAUCUUGAACUCGAACAUCCGAAUGUCCGCGUCUAUGUCCAAGACGCUUUAUCAUCAAUGAUCGAGAUUUAUGUCGACAUCCCUGAGGAUUCUCCUAUCUAUAUACCACUCCAAGACAUCCUUCUCGAUGCUGUUGAAAAAACCAAUGCCAACACUCGAUACAUGGCUCUCAAGUACGCUAAUGGAAUUUAUCCAUUCUCGUCUGUUUUUGCUCGUUACAUUUGCUUGCUAGGAAGCUCUUCGAGCGUUGCAAAACUUGAGGUUAAGGAAGAAUCUACCCGUGGGUUGCAUCCUUUUGUAAGAAGCUCUACUGGAUUCUUGCACACAGCUCAAGAUAUCGUACCUAUUUCUGCCUUGCCUAAAUUUGUGGAUCUUGUAAAAUAUAUGGCGAAUCACCGUCCUCCACCCGAGUAUAGCCAUGCAUCCAAGACUCCGUGUAUCAAAGGGUAUCCAGUUGAAGUUUAUAGCGAGAUGCUGAGAUUUUUACGGAUGGUCUUAAUUCUGGAAGCCAACCCUACCACAAUCUUAAUUGACCAGUAUGUGGAAGACAAAGUUGAAAGCAGUAUGUCCGAAGACCCAGUAACUAUGGAGAAUUUUAAGUCUCUUAUUAAUACCUGGUGGCUCGGUGGAGAAAUGGAAGGAAAGGAAACUAUUGAACAGUGGUUGGUGUUUGUUGAAAAUGUAUUGGAUCAAAACUUGAAAGAUUCAAUCCUUUUAGAUACAGCAGCAAAAUGUCUUUUGGAAAUAAUUUCCCUGGGUCCUUCAUCUAUAUCAACCAUAUUCAAAUCUCGCCUCAAUUUCUUUAAAUCCUUUGCAACUUCCGAAAAACUAGAGGCUCGUACUCUCAUGUCCCAUAUAUUCGGUGUAAUCGCCAGUGAUCCAGGAAUUUCUCAAUCGGAAGUAGAGGCAAUGUUGAUUGAAUUUUGCGAGAUACUCGAACGGCCCGAAACAAAACAUCAUGCAAGCAACCUUGUUGACCAGAAGCACGGUUCUUUGUUGGCUAUUGGUUACCUUCUUGGUCGUUGCAACUAUCGCAACCGGGAGCUUUCCAAGGAAAUUGUUCAGCGAUGUGUUCAGAACAUUGGAAACAAUCUCCAAGGUCCACCCAAUGUUUCAUUCUUCCUUCUCGCUAGCGCAGCAUGUCAUGCUCUUUCCGAAAUCGGUAGAACCCGCGUGUUACCUCUUGAAGACACCAAAACUGUGCCAGCUACAGAAAAAUCUGAUACUACAACCAUGGAAAUAGAUCCAAGAAUUUCUACACAGGAAAUUAUCGAGAGACUUUUGAGUCUGGCAAAAUCAUGCAAAGACGCCAAGGUUCAAGAAAAGGCGCUUUUGGCUCUUGGACAUUUAAGUAUUCCGAUGUCUAAGGAUAGCUCCUUCAUCCCCACCAUUGUCGAUGCUCUCUUCUCCAGUGCAGAAACCAAGCAAGUCGAGCUCUUCUUUACAGGAGGUGAAGCCUUUAGCGUUCUCGCCUUUGGAUGGGAAUCCCAAGCAAUGCACAAAUACAAAGAUAUUAGUGAGAUACCAGCUUUAGAUUCACCUACACUUGCCAAGGCCAGCAAGAUCGAAUCAUUCCAGGAAAUUAUAGAGAAGAUGGUGCGUUCAUAUGUUGCCAGCGAUCGUGCUUGGUAUAGAAAGGCCGCAUGUAUCUGGCUUCUUUCGAUUCUUAAGUUUGGUAAAGACCAAGCUUUUGUACAGAAAAACCUUGGUAUUAUACACGCUUCUUUCUCUAGACUUUUGUCUGAUCGAGAUGACUUUACUCAAGAAGUUGCAUCCAAGGGAUUAGGCCUUGUGUACGAGUAUGGUGAUGCAAAAAUCAAAGAAGACAUGCUUUACUCUCUUGUGGGUACAUUUACCGAAGGACGUACAAUCCAAGCACAAUCCGUCACAGAUAACACUGUCUUGUUCGAAGAAGGCGCACUUGGAACAACUCCAGAGGGUAGCUCAAUCACCACCUACAAGGAACUUUGUUCACUUGCAUCGGAGUUAAACCAACCAGAUCUGAUCUAUAAGUUCAUGAAUCUUGCCAACCACAACGCUAUGUGGACUUCACGCCGUGGAGCUGCUUUUGGUUUCCAAAAUCUGAUCGCUAUGGCUGAGAAAGAAAUGGAACCUUAUCUUGCUCGUUUAAUUCCCAAGCUGUACCGUUAUCAAUUUGAUCCCAACCCUGGAGUCAACCAGAGUAUGAAGGCCAUUUGGAACUCCUUGGUUAAAGACAACCAAAAGACAGUUGAUGUUCACUUUAAUGAAAUUAUGGAUGACCUGUUGGAAGGUCUUGGAAAUAGACAAUGGCGUGUACGAGAAGCAUCAUGCGCAGCUGUGACCGAUAUCGUUCAAGGCAGGCAGUUGGCUCAGAUCCAGCCUUACUUAGAACCUCUUUGGCGUAUGUCAUUCCGUGCCUUAGACGAUAUCAAGGGCUCUGUACGUCAGGCAGCCACUCAAACCUGCAAAUCAUUGACUCGUCUCACGGUGCAUUACUGCGACCCUAAUGUAGUGUCUGUGUCUGAUGGUGCCAAGGUCGUUGAAAUUGUGAUGCCAUUCUUACUUGAAAAAGGCAUUGUCUCAGACGCCGAAGAUGUCCAAAAGUUUAGCUUGGACGCAGUUUUGAAGCUUUGUAAGACUGGUGCCGCCUUGCUCAAGGGAUAUAUUCCAGAAAUCAUUGAUACCCUCUUGCAGUCACUAUCUUCCCUCGAGCCGCAGACGCUCAAUUACCUGAGUUUCCACACCGAAAAGUACAAUAUCUCUCAGGAACAGCUUGACAAUGCUCGUCUUAGCGGUGCAAAGAAUUCACCUAUGAUGGAAGGAAUUGAACAUUGCGUGGGUCAAAUCGAUGAAGAGGUGAUGGAAGCCUUGUCUCCUCGAAUUAUUCAUAUCAUCAAAAAGGGCACCGGACUCCCCACAAAGGCUGGCUGUGCUCGUUUUAUUGUAACUUUAUGUAUGAACCGUAGGGCAGUAUUUCAGCCUUUUGCAGACACCUUUCUCAAGGCUUUAAGCGGUGCUAUUCGUACCAAGAAUCCAGCCGUUCGCAAGUCGUUCGCCACUGCAACCGGAUAUGUGUAUGAGAAUGCUCAUGCUGCCAGUGCGGUGACCAUUGUGGAGAUGACCCGCUUUGCUACAGAUCGCAUGAACGCCGUAGCUACUGAGAUUGUACCUCUAAUCUACUACGGAGAACACGACCCUGACAAGAACCUCAAAGCACUAUGGAAGGACGCCUGGGAGAAUCUUACAUCUGGUACCCGUAGUAUGGUGACCUUGUACACUGAUGAAAUCAUUACCUUUGUUCAGCCGUUCUUGUCUUCUUCUUCUUGGAAGGUCAAGCAAACUUCUGCUCUCACCAUUGCAGACCUUUGCAAAUCCGGUGGAAACGGUGUAUCUAAACAUGCUUCAAAGCUUAUGCCCAUCAUGGUAUCAACCUUGGCCACCAGAUCUUGGGCUGGUAAAGAGAAUGUCCUUGAAGCAUUUGUACAAUUGUGCAUAUCUACCCCGGAAUAUUUUGAGACACAAGAGCCUAAUUUGGCGGGUGUUGUGAAGAUUUUGGCACGCGAGGCAAAGCGAAACAACCGUGUGUACCAGCGCAACGCAUUGCUAUCAUUAAAAACAUUUUUGGAUACUUUCGGAGAAAAGGUGGACGCACUUGACCAAGUCCAGGGAUUCCUGACAGACCUUUGUCAAAUGGAUGAAACCGCAAUAAUGGAAGAAGAUGAAGAUACCGAAUCCAAACCUCUUUUAUUAGCCAUCAAGGCAAACGCUUUUAGAGCCAUAGUUGCAGCUUAUCGCCCACAAGUCUUCCCCACACAAGCUGCUCAGACCGAAGAUUUAGCAAAGACAUUAACAGAAAGCUUAGAAGGAAAUGUGUGGAAUGUCCAAAUUGCUAUUCUCGAGAGCCUUAAACUUUUCGUAGAUCAAGCAGGGGCCGCUUAUCUCACAACUCCUGUACUUCAAAUGGUUUUAAACACUGGUUGUGUUUACUUGGGAAAUCUCAAGUACUCUGCUAUCAGAGCAGCAGCUGUUGAUGUACUAGAAAGCAGUAUUGCCACAAAUAAAGUUCAAAAUGAUCUUAAAACAAAUCUGCAACAAAAGUUGACCGCAUAUCUCCAAAAGGAGCCAGUUGCCCUGAUACAGCAACGUAUCCAAGACCUGAUGCAUAAAUUACAAUAGACAACACUAUUCACUCUUACUUUGACCCCACAUAUUUCAACGCAAAAUAAACAUCAUAGCUGAGAUAAAUGAAGUGAUCCUUCUCUCUCUCUCUC